AGUUAGUCUGGGGUAUAAAUAUGCAAGAUACGAAAGUUACGGAACUGAAACUUGGGCCAAAGAUGCAAGGUGGGGAUUCUGUGGCUUUUCCACCAGAUCCAUUGGUUCAAGUUGUUAAAUCCAAGGAGGUUCUUCAAAGGUCUGAACUGCAGAGUGUGAAACCUGAGGAACUGAUUUCAGAGCCACAAAUGCAAGAUAUGAAACUUGUGACUCCAUUAAUUGAGCUGCAAAAUUUAAAAUCCAUAAAGGAUACUCCAGAUUCAGAGGUGCAAUGUGACAAAUCUGUGAAGUUGGCCCCAAGGCUUAAGAGGCAGGAGGCAAAAUCUGAGAAUGUAACCAGAAGACAAGGGUUUCAAGAAGUAAAAUCUGUGGAUUUAGACCCAAAGCAACACUUUCAAGGGGUGAUACCAGUGAGUUUAACUCUUGAUCCUGGACAGGAUGGCCAGGUAUUUGUAAACUUGCCAGGAUGGAAACAUGUGAAUAUAGACCAACUGAAGAAAGGAUUCAAGUCAGACAGUACAAUGUCUUCAGAGUUCGUUCCAGAGCCCAAAUCAAAAGAUACACAAUCUACACAACUCAAUUCCAAAAUACAGUUGAAAACUAUGAAACCAUUUGAAUUGGCUCCAGGACCAGAUAUUCAAGAUAUAAGAGCUAAAGCAUUCAAAUAUGAACCACAGUUGCAAAGUAGGAAAUCUCCCAAGUUGACCCCAGGACCACAGCUUCAAGAUAUGAAAACUGUGAAGUUAAACAAAGAGUCACACAUCAGAAGUACGAGAACUAUUCAGUGGAUGUCAAGGGCUGAGUUCCAAGGAGUGAUGUCUGUAGGGCUAAAUGUUGGAUCAAAAUCUCAAGGUAUACAGUCGGGAGAUGUGAAGUCAUCUGAAUUGACUUUAGGACCUAAACUUCCAGGAGCAAAAUCUACAGAGUGCAAUCCUAAACCACAGUUAGAGUGUGUGAAAACCCCUGAAUCGCUCCCAGGACAGUGGCUACAAAACAGGAAAACUUUUGCAUCAACCUCAGAGCCACAGCUUGCAGGUGUGGAAACUGUGGAAUUAAACAAAGAGCCACAGCUUGGUAACAGGAAAUCUCUGCAGUGGAUACCAGGACCUGAGUUCCAAGGUGUGAAAUCUACAGCAUUAAAUGUGAAGACACAAUCUCAAUGUGUCAAACCUACAGGGUUGAAAUCUUUCAUACAGCUGGGAAGUGUGAAGUCAUCUGAAUUGACUCUAGGGUCAAAAAAUCAGACUAAAAAAAUCUAUGAGAUUUGACCUUGGGCCACAGGAACAGUGUGGAAAAAUCUCCAAGUUGUUCCGAGGGUCCAAGCUACAAAAAGCGAAAAAAUUUGGGUCAACCUCAGAGCCACAGCUUCAAGAAAGGAAGUCUGCAGAGAUCUACCCAGGGCCACAGCUUGGAAGUAUGAAGACUAUUGAGUGGAUACCAGGACCAGGGUUCCAAGUUAUAAAAUCCGUGCCACAAUCUCAAGGUGUCACAGCUGUAGAGUUGAAACCUUCAGAACAACUGAGAGAUGUGAAGACAUCUGAAUUGCCUCCAAGGUCAAAGUGCCAAUGUAUACAAUCUCUGGCACCACUCCAGGAAUAUCAGCUUCAUGGGUUCAAACCCAUUCCAGGGCCAAAACUUCAGUGUAUGAAUUCUACUGGGUGCAACCCUGGACCACAUUUACGAGGUGUGAAUUCUUCUGCAUGCACUCCAGGUCCAAAACCUCAGUGUGUAAAUUCUACUGGGUGCAACCCUGGGCCACAUUUGCAGGAUGUGAAACCUUCUGGAUUAACUGCAGCUUCAAAACUUCAAGAAUUGAAAUCUUGUAAGCUGAAUUCAAGUACAAAAAUUCAAAGCAAUACAUUUACAAUGGUCAACUCUGAACCACACUUGCAAGAUAUGAAAUCUUCUGAGUUAACUCCAGGGACAAAGUUUCAAGGGGUCCAAUUUUGGGAGAGCCAGCUUCAGUGGAAGCAGCAAGUUGUACAACCUGUAUUCACUUUAGGGUCUCCAUUAAAUGGUGUGAAAUCUGUUGCAGUUUUACCAGAUCGAAUACUUAAAGAUGUUAAGUGUGAGGAGAUGAGCAGCCAAUCAUUACUUUCUGGUGCAGACUCAGAAACUUCCCAUGGGAUAUUUCACAACAAGGAAGAUGAAUCACUUUCUGAUUCAGAGGCAGUGACUUUUGGGCCCCUACACUUCCAAAAACCAAGUUAUCAUUGUCAGGCCAAGAAUGACUCCUCAGAACAGUCCUGCCUACUAGAAGAUCUCAAGCAAAAAGUUGCAGUGAAACUCAUAAGAAGUCAAAUACCUCCUAAUGUGCCUUCACCUCUAGCAUCAGAUCUUGUCCUGAAAUAUCCCUUCUGCCUACAGUGUGGCCGAUGUUCAGGAUUUACUUGCAAUCAUAAAUUGCAGACUACUCCUGCAUCUUUUCUUCUUAUCUAUCCACAGCUCCAGCUUGUGAGCACUCCUGAAGGCCAUGGUAAGGUUCAGGUGCAUCUUGGCUUUAGGUUGCAAACUGGGAAAAGACCUCAAGUCUCAACAUAUCAAGGAAGAGACAGACACACCAUACCAAGAAGUCCUAUAUCACCAUAGAAAGCUAAAAUCUAUCCUCCAGCUUCCAAGAGUGUUGGUCCCACAAUAGAUUUCCAGUCUGGAUCUUCCCACACUCCUGUUCCUUCCCAAGUCCACAUCAGGAGGAAACAGUGGAGCUUUGAAUCAGUCAGCAAGACAGAAAUUGGAGUGUCUGAGUACCAUGAGUUCCCUAAAGUUCACUCCCUGUCAGAGAGUGAUUCUGCAAGCAAUCACAAGGAGAAACACGCUAAAGUGAGAACACAAGAGACCUCUGAUUCAAAAGAUCCAAUGAAAAGAAUCACAAAGGGAUUUAGAUCACAAAACACAAUAGAAAGUACACACAUAGAAAGGGUUCAGACAAACAACCACAAGGGCGCAUAUGGAACCCACCCUUCAUAAAUAACAGGGAUGUGUGUUUACAUUUUGUAAGGGCUGGUUUUACAUUAUGUAUCUGAUAACCCAGAGGUGCUAACCACGCAUUCUUUCUUGCUUCUGUAGAUAGGCUUACUGCAGGGCUAGGGAGGGCAGUGGAGGAAAGGGUUUUCUUUAUAAAAACUGACCAAAAGUUCAGUUUGGGGCCAGUCUCCUUGCAAGAGAUUUGGUCCUGGCUGGAAAUAAAGUUCUCUGCAGACUUAACAUCAUGUUGUGACUCGGGUGAUUAGCGCUGUCGGGGAUUUAGGCCCAACAUGAGGAACUGGAACACCUUCAGAAUUUGGAAGUGCUUU